AUGGAUACCGAAGCAUGCCAAAUAGUAUCUACUUGUAUCCUCUUCAGGCAUCAACAAGAACUCUGUACGAGAAGGAAGGGUCCAACUAUACUAUGCAGCCUUGAAGUCUUGUUAGUGCAAGCUGAUCCCAAGACGCAUGCAGGGGAACGCCCCCGCGCCCUCGAUUUGCCUUCAGUGACUGCAGCAUUCGCGGUGCUGGAGGACAUUUGCGACUUCAUUCCGGCGAACCUAUCGAUAUCUGAUGUCACUGGCAUCUCAGAACUGCAGUAUUACAUCAGAAGCGCACUGCCUUUUGGCAGCCCGGUUAACACCAACUUCUACUUGCUGCGAAUGGUGCGGCAACCCGGCUGA